UAACCGUGCUUUCUGGCGACCUACUGGGGGUACGAGUUGUGCCACAGUGGAAACGAGUAUCGGGUGUGUUAUUUCAGCUGUGUUGGGACUGUUUUCCACACGUUUAAUGUGAGAAAAGGGGUCACACGUACAGCGGCUAAUCGGCGGACCGACUGUGAAUCCGGCAUUUGGGCUUUCAGGGGCGCCUCGAAUAAUGCUGAUGGCUUUGGGAUUUUGAUCAGAUUUGGUCCCGUGUACCGCAGAUGGAUAUUCGCGGUCCUCGCUAGGGUCGUUUGCACUAUAAGUCCCGUAACGAGCCCGCGACGAUAAUCGAUUGGCCCACGGUGGGGUCAAGCGGAAACGGAAUGCGAAAGUGAAGCCUGACCGAGCGAGUGUCACAAAAGGGAGAGGUGGAGUGUGCGUUUUUUUUGGGGCACGUUGUGUUUUUGGCAAGUGUAGUGCUGGGGGGAUGGAAAUUGAUUAUUAAUAGAGGGCAAGCUUUUACUGCCGUUCGGUUGCUCGUGAAGAAGAAUGUCGGCAGUACGAGUGAAAUUGGCAAGUGUGAAGGCUAGAAAAAUGCGGUCUUUUUGCGGUAGAGGGUGAUUUUUUGCUUGGUCCGAAGGAAUGCACUGCGGUUCAGUCUGACGAGAGUAUCAUCACUAAAAAAUAUUUGUUUUCCUUGGCGGCGAAAGAAGUCUUUCGACAUAAGCCCGAUACCGUACGUGAUCGGUGUAUCUGACGAGCAGAGCGCUGUUGUGGGGAGUUCAUAUGGCAGCAGGCAGCACCGCACCAGGAGCAAACGAACCCACAUAUGUAAGGAAAGUUGAUUCACAACCCUAAGCCGGUUUCCUUGACGAAAUUUUCGACCCGUAUCGGAAACGUGAGCGCAAAUAAAGAAAAUUGACCCGAAAAAAUGUGUGAUCGAUUUUGCUCAUCUUAACCGUUCGUGGAAAGAGUGUGUUUGAAAUAAGGCAGUGAAAGUUACAUGUUCUGUCAACAACACGAAAAAGAUAAAAAAUAAAGAUUUUUUAAGUGACGGUUGUAAGCGUUCGCGAAAAAAUUCGAAUACAGUUUAAAAAGGUAGAAGUUAGUGUUCAUUGAAUAUUGAGCUUGCAACAAGCAACCGUUAUUAGAAGUUACUUUCUGGGAUUAUAAAGAAGGACUACUCCCAGAAAUACACUGCACUGGAAAAUUUACCAGGCUGAUCAUCUCAUCUUAAUACUGGUGGACUGCUCCAACAAAAGUGACUACCCGCCAAAGCACCCGAGGGAAAUCGAACACCCGCCAAUCGUUCAUAUACCUUCGUACGGCUGGGCUACGCUCCGGCAGUGGCCAUGACUGACUAACUGAUGAUGCUGUGUGGCUGCAAGCGUGGCUCGUCGUGAGAAAAAAAAGGUACUAACGACAGAACCAUUUGGGGACUCGGUUCGGGUGAAUCCAGCCUCUCCCAGAGGCAGUACCGACCGGCACACGCGAUACAGGAAACAGGAAAGCAAAGGAGGACAUAAAUUAGAGCGACCGAUAAAUUUCAACCUCCCGCCACUUGGAUUCCCAUUUCCCUUUGGUUCGGUCUUUUAGGAUGCGGACCUCGCCGAAUCGGAGAAAACAUGGUAACAACGAGUGAGAGAGAAAGACCGGACGAGUUGUGCCAGGUUGAGAGCGAAACGUGCAGCAAAAAAAUCCAUUAGAAGAAAUAACGAAAUCCAGCACCCUACCCAGAAUGGGACUCACGGUUCGGGAGGGUGCUUACCGAGAAUAAAUAUUUUCAAGAUCAAUUCACAGAAAAACGAAACAGAAGUUCUGCUGGCGAAAAGGUCAUACUCAGGAAUCCAAGUUAAGCUCAUCAAGUGGGGGAGAAAAGAGCAGUGGGAGAAGUGUUUACGAGGAAAAUAUUUUUUGCUGCUCCAAGUCAAAACCAGUGAAAACGAAGUUGGUCGAUUGCGAUUGUGACAAAUGCGCCAUUGUUGUGACCCAUUUCAAGAAUCAAAUUGCUAUGAUUUGAAUAAAAGUGUGCGAGACAGGUGGAAAAGGGUCGAUCGGGUGUUGUCGAGCAAAGCGAUACCCAGGCUAAAUCAAAAGGAAACAAGGAUCUCAUCAAAGUCAGUUGCGGUAUUGUAGGAAAAAAGACGCAAAGCUCCCUUCCCGGAAAGCCGAGACCUGUAGUGAAUUGUGACCGUGAUAGUGGCACCAGCCACAGCAGAGCUGCGCUUCCCAUAUUCCGCAAUCAGGGUAGGGAAUCAGCAUAUGUGCGGCAAGCCACGCUGGAAGCUGCCGCACGAUUUAUGAGCCAAUGUAAGCACUCGGGGUAUUAGGUUGGAUUCAAUUUCGCCACCUCGAUGGAGGAGAUAAUCGUGCCGACGGAGAACAAACCGUGUAGCAGUUGAAUGAAUCGAUUGGAACUGCAAUCAGCACCCCAUCAGAAGCAGCAGCAGCAGCAUCAUCAUCACUUCGAUUGUUACCGUUUGAUUGGUGCAAUCUGAAACUGUCAUCAUUUGCCACUUGGCCACACGAAAGCGACCGCACUGCACUGCCACCACGUUGUUGCCAACCGACAUCACAACGAACUCCCUCCAGGUGUUCGACUUUGAUUAUUCCACAGCAGACACCGCGCGUGCCGCCCCCAGCUCCACCGCCUCCACCAUCAGGGAGCCUCACCACCACCGGAAGACGGGGUGGGUGGCACCGGGUGGGGGCCAUGCGUCGCCGGAAGCCGACCGAGGGCGUCCUUCUGUGCGGUCUCUUCUUCUGGACGCUGCUGGUACAUCUGAUCUCGACAUGUUUGGCCAUUCAACUGGAAGAACGGAUGGAAAUCGUGCGGAAAGUGCUGAAGGAAGUGCCUUUAAUAGAUGGCCACAACGACCUACCGUGGAACAUACGGAAAUUUCUGAAGAACCAACUGCGGGAGUUUCGCUUCGGCGAGGAUCUGCGCGACAUUACUCCAUGGUCGACCAGUGCCUGGAGUCACACCGAUUUGCGUCGGCUGAAGGAGGGCAUGGUUGCGGCACAGUUUUGGUCAGCAUAUGCGCCUUGCUCGUCUCAGCAUCUAGAUGCGGUACAAUUAACAUUAGAACAGAUAGACUUAAUACGCAGAUUAGUAAAUCUCUACCCGCAGCACAUGGCUCUGGUGACGACAGCAGACGGCAUCGAGGAGAGCCACCGUUCCGGCAAAUUGGCCAGCUUAAUCGGCAUCGAGGGUGGCCACUCGAUAGGAACCAGUCUGGGGGUGCUGCGGACCUUCUACCAGCUGGGUGCCCGCUAUCUCACGCUAACGCACACCUGCAACACUCCGUGGGCCGACUGCUGCAAAGUUGAUGAACCGGGCCAGGUCCCUCACAUUGGGGGCCUGUCCCACUUCGGUACUCUGGUGGUCACUGAGAUGAACCGACUGGGGAUGAUCGUCGAUCUGUCGCACGUGUCCGUUCCGACGAUGCUGGAUGCGCUGGCCACCUCCAAGGCACCGGUCAUCUUUUCGCACUCGUCGGCCCAUGCCAUCUGCAAUAGCUCUCGGAACGUGCCGGAUCACGUGCUGAAGCGACUGUCUGCCAACGGUGGCCUGGUGAUGGUUGCAUUCUAUCCACAUUUCGUUAGUUGUGGCGAGAAGGCAACCCUCAAGGAUGUUGUCGCGCACAUCAAUCACAUCCGGGACGUAGCCGGAGUGGACCACGUGGGCAUCGGUGCCGGCUACGACGGCGUUAAUCUAGUGCCCCAAGGGCUGGAGGAUGUCUCGCGGUAUCCGUAUCUGUUUGCCGAGCUGCUAGAGUCGGAAAAAUGGACCGAGGAGGACAUCGCUAAGCUGGCGGGGAGAAAUUUAAUUAGAGUUUUCAAACAAGUAGAGCAGGUGCGAGACCAACUGGAGGCCCAGGGCAUGCUACCGAUCGACCAAUCGAUCCCACCGGAGGACAUCCUCGGGAGGUCCUACUGCCGCUACUCGGGGCCACGAACGUGACGCAAACGAAAUCUUCCCGUAAGCUACUACCAUAAGGUAUUUCCCUGAACCAAAGGUCAUUCUACGGUAUGAUUAAUCUGUCGAACAGUACAAUCGUAUCAAGUUCAACUAUCCAAAUUAAUGAAAGCGAAAUCAAACAUCUAGCACACACAAACAAAAACUCACUUUGUACACAUUCACAUCACCUAUCAGUAGGGUAUCAAAUUUCACCAUUGGAAAUUUUUCGCUUCCGCUGAUGGCGGAAAAUAUUUAAGAUUUAGAGAACGGACUAAAACUGAUCCCUUGAAAGGAAACGUGAAGGAAAACCAACUUCAACAAGCCAACAAUCAAACAACCAACUCAUACAAAAACGUUGUUUUUAAGAGAAUAGAAAAUAAAAGUUCGCAUAUCAUACAGGAGCCCGAGCCUGGGGUGGCGGCUACAAAGUACAGACCGUAAAACGCAAACACUCAUCACUACCGAUUUUUUCCAAGGAAACCAAAUUUUCGUAUAUUUUUCUAAUGUAAAAUAAUAGUGCGAAGAGAACGUUAUUAUAAUCCAAACCGAAAAUAAUACCCUGAACAGUGGGUGCGCAAAAAAAAAAAGAAAAAACGAGAAGUACGAAAAGUUCAAAUCCUAUUUAGAGCACUGGCGGGACUAACGAUCGUAAUUACGAAAUUCGAAUGUUGAGAGAUGCGGAUGCAAAUAAAUUCUAAAUAAAAGAGAACAUAUUAGGCUAAUUGUGUAUAAAGAAAAAUAAAAUCAAUGAACGAAACCAAUGAAAUUUAAUCAAACAAUAACUGUGUAGAAAUUAUUGACAAGUUACAUAACGAAUAAACACGAACAAAUAACA